AUGAGAGGUGGAAUGGAAUGGACCAUUGAGAUUCCUUCUUUUUCUCCUCCACCGGCGCCGGAGCCUCCGCCUUCUUCUCCUCCACCGGCGGCGCCACCUCUUCAGCUUUCUUCUCCUCCGUCACCGGCGGUGGUGCAACGGCAGUGGUACCGGACUUCUCAUACUGGUGAAGAUAGUCAUCUGCUUAUCUCAAAUACGGCCCUACCCUUGAGUCUCAUCAAACUUACCGUACUGCUUGUUUCAAAGAAGGUUUUACAAGUUUUGGCUUUGAUACUGCCUUUAAGAUCUAUGCUGAACAGGUUGGAAAUGUUAUCACUGGAAAGGCAUGGACUUGUUAGCUUUGUUUGUUUGUUGGUUCAUCUGGUAGAGGUAACAAUCCGUCAACAAGGCGAUCUACUUUGCAAAAGCAGUUACCUGCGAAACAAAAUAUUUUGGUGGAGUCUUAUGGUUAGAGUUGAUUGAUGGGAUGCUAUUGGUUGUACACAGAGUGCUGCUGAG